AUAAAAACCGAAGCUUCUACAAAGUGAGCACACAGCAACGGCAACGCUCAGAGCAGCCAGAAGUUCAGAACCCAGAAGGUCGAGCGUGCAGGAUGAUCAUCCCUGUUCGUUGUUUUACCUGUGGAAAGGUCAUUGGAAACAAAUGGGAUACGUAUCUUGACCUUCUGCAGGCUGACUACAGCGAAGGUGAUGCAUUGGAUGCUUUGGGGUUGGUUCGUUAUUGCUGUAGACGAAUGCUUAUGACCCAUGUUGACCUCAUCGAGAAGCUUUUGAACUACAACUCUCUUGAGAAGUCUGAGCCCAGUUAAGGAGAAGGCAUAUGAAAUUAUGGAUGAACCCUGAUGUUGUCUGUGUUUCUUCAUGUCGAGUCACGUGUAAUGAAUGUUCCCUAACUUUUGUUUUCUUCUUCAAAUGGUCAGGUAGGUCUAGAAGUAAGAUUAGGUCAAUAGUGUAAUAUCUAGCUAGCUUAGAGGGUGAUUGUCAGAACUCAAAUGUGACAACUAUAUUAAUUAUAGUUUGGAACUAUUUGUCAGCGGUCUCUGAUAUUAAAUAAUGCACUCCCUCCAGCCCCAGUUAUAGGGCAAACUUUCAAAGCUCUUCUUGGUCUUUACUAUAGGGCCAAGUCAGAGUAAUUAAUUUUCUCCCCAAUUUUACCCCUUGUUUAAUCAUUGAGGGGCUCAUUGUGUUUGUGGGCAUUGAGCGUUUUUAUGGGUACUUGCAGCAAA